GGGUGGGGCCUGAAAGUUUGAGCUUUUGUCUGAAGUCUGGAUGUUCGAUGUGAACUGGGAGAACUGGGAGCACUGGGAGCACUGGGAACUCUGGAGGCCUCACCUGUGUGUUUACCUGCCCGUUCCCUCCUUCAGUACCUCCGGGUCCAACACCGACUCCUCUCCGCCCGCCAGGACGCCCCUCGGAGCUCCCCUCUCGGCCUGGGAGGCAGCCUCGCCCCGCUGCUGGAGGAACCGAGGCGGACAGCGGCUCCAUGUCCGGGGCCUGCUACCCUCCGACCGGAUCUCUGCGGCCUUUUACUAACACUGUCCGGGCUCGGAUGACGUCAGGCAUCAGGGAUCGAUAGCGCUGAUCGGCUCGGCUCGGGUGCGCUCGGGUCUGGAUUGGGGGUUCCGGGAGGAGACAUGGAGGGAGCCCCGGGAAGGGCCUCCUCCUCCGGGCUGCAGCUGCUGCUCCUCCCGCUGCUGCUGCUGAGCUGCUGCUGGGCCGAGGAGGAGGUUCUGAUGAACACCAAGCUGGAGACGUCGGAACUUCGAUGGACCAACUAUCCGGCUGAUGAUCCACAGUGGGAUGAAGUGAGCGGCUUCGAUGAUGAGAAGAACAGCGUCCGGAUCAAUGAGAUCUGUACGCCCAACAGCCCGUCCUCCUAUUGGCUGAGGACCCGCUGGAUCCCACGGAGGGGGGCAACCACGAUCUACGUCGAGAUCCGGUUUACAAUGGUGGAAUGUUCCGGUCUGAACCAGCGCCACUGUAAGGAGACCUUCACCCUGUACUCCUACCAGUCUGACAGCGACGAGGCCACGCCCACUCACCCCGCCUGGAUGGAGAACCCGUACGUGAAGGUGGCCACGGUGGCCGCCGACCACCUGCGUCAGAAAGGCAGCCGGGAGGGCCGGUCCAACGCCAAGGUGCUGCGCCUGGAGGGGCUGCGGGGGGCGGGGCUUUACCUGGCCUUCAGCUCUCAGGGCGCGUGCAUGGCGCUGCUCGCCGUGCGCAUCUUCUACAGGAAGUGCUCGCCGCUCCGCCGCGCCUUCGCCUCCUUCCCUGAAACUGUCCCCCACUCACUGGUGGAGCAGGCUCAGGGUGUGUGUGUGGAGAACGCCGUGACCCCCCCUGGUGAGCACUCCCGACCUCCCAGCAUGCUUUGCGGCGAAGACGGUCAGUGGGUAGGGCAGCCGGCGUCCAGCUGCGCCUGUCGUCCUGGAUACGAGGCGGCCGACGGAGACGAGCGCUGCAGAGCCUGUCCGUCGGGUCAGUUUAAGGCGGGUUCAGGUACCACCGGCUGCACCUCCUGCCCCGACAAGAGCAGCACCCUGGUCCCAGGCUCCGCCUACUGCCCCUGUCACCAUGGAUACCACCGAGCCGACUCCGACCCGCCGCACGCCGCCUGCACCCGACCUCCAUCAGCCCCUCGCUCCCCCGUCAGCCAGAUAAACGACACCUCAGUGACCCUGGAGUGGACCGAACCGCUGGACCGGGGAGGACGAGGAGACCUCAGCUACCGGGUCCUGUGCGCCGCCUGCGGGGCCGCCGUCCCCCCAAAGGGGUUGGUCAGUCCCUGCUCCCCGUGUGAUGACAGCGUCCUGUACCGGCCAGAGCAGCGAGGUCUGACUCAGCGCCGUGUCAUCGUCUGGGGGCUCCGCCCACACACCAAGUACAUCUUCACCAUCCAAUCACUGAACGGCGUCUCCGCUGUCAGCCAAUCAGAGCCGGCCUCGGCCAGAGUCAACGUCACCACGAGCAGAGACGGUCCUCCUGCAGUCUCUAGUCUGAGGAGAGCAGCAGCUUCAGACUCUAGUCUGACUCUAGAGUGGAACGUUCCAGUUCUCCAGAACCAGAACCAGGUCCUGGACUACCAGCUGCGUUACUGCCUCAAGGACGGCGAGGGGGCGGGGCAGUGGCAGUACGUGUCCAGCAGGUCUUCCUCGGUGGUUCUGACGGGGCUCCAGAGGGCGACCCGGUACCAGGUCCAGGUUCGAGCUCGGUCCCAGACCGGAUACGGAGCCUUCAGCACCGCCAGCAGCUUCAACACACUGCCAGACGGUGAGGGUCCGUCUCACCUGGUAGUAACCGGAGUUCUGGUCUCCAUGGCGAUACUGCUGCUGGCCGCCGUGGUGACGGUCGCUGUGUACUGUUACCGCAGGAGGACUGACUCCACCAUCAGUGAUAAGAGUGGACACUACCAGAUGGGACAGACGAUGAAGGUCUACAUCGACCCGUUCACCUAUGAGGAUCCCAACGAGGCGGUGAGGGAGUUCGCCAAGGAGAUCGACGCCUCCUUUGUGAAGAUCGAGGAGGUGAUCGGAGCAGGUGAGUUUGGUGAGGUGUGCCGUGGGCGUCUGAGGAUCCCGGGCAGGAAGGAGAACUACGUGGCCAUCAAGACUCUGAAGGGCGGCUACACGGACAAGCAGAGGCGGGACUUCCUGUCGGAGGCAUCCAUCAUGGGUCAGUUCCAGCAUCCCAACAUCAUCCACCUGGAGGGCGUCAUCACCACUUCCUGUCCCGUCAUGAUCCUCACCGAGUUCAUGGAGAACGGAGCCCUGGACAGCUUCCUGAGGGUGAAUGAUGGCCAGUUCACCACCAUCCAGCUGGUGGGAAUGCUGCGUGGGAUCGCUGCAGGUAUGAAGUAUCUUUCUGAGAUGAGCUUCGUCCACAGAGACCUGGCAGCUCGGAACAUUCUGGUCAACUCCAACCUGGUCUGUAAGGUGUCAGAUUUUGGCCUCAGCAGGUUCCUGACUGAGAACUCCUCCGACCCGACCUACACCAGCUCUCUGGGAGGGAAGAUUCCGAUCCGGUGGACGGCUCCUGAAGCCAUCGCCUACAGGAAGUUCACGUCUUCCAGCGACGCCUGGAGCUACGGCAUCGUCAUGUGGGAGGUGAUGUCCUAUGGAGAACGUCCAUACUGGGACAUGAGCAACCAGGAUGUGAUCAACGCCAUUGAGCAGGACUACCGGCUGCCCCCGCCCCCCGACUGCCCCGCCUCCCUCCACGUCCUCAUGCUGGACUGCUGGCAGAAGGAACGAGCCAAUCGGCCCAGGUUCUGCGACGUGGUGGCGGCGCUUGAUCGGCUGAUCCGAAACCCCGCCUCCCUGAAGGUGACGCACCCGGAGGGGCCCAGUCCGUCCCAGCCUCUGCUGGACCAGAGGGUUCCUCCUCCCCUGUCGGCCUGUGCUUCAGUCUCCGAGUGGCUUCGAGCCAUAAAGAUGGAGCGCUACGAGCAGAGCUUCCUGCAGGCCGGAUUCAGCAGCCUGGACAUCGUCUCCCAGCUCAACACCGAAGACCUGCUCAGAGUGGGCGUGACCCUGGCAGGACACCAGAAGAAGAUGCUCUCCUCCAUCCAGACGCUCAGGAUACACAAAGCUCCUCCCACCCUGCUCUACUGACCAGUCACAGCCCAGCAGACCUCUCUAUGACCAAUUCACUCUGAUCCACCAAUGGGAAGACACCUGAGAGGCUCCGCCUUCCCGUGGUCCAAUCAGAGUCCAGAGUUAAAGAAGCACAAUAACUUUACACUUCCUGUUUGACUCAACAAGACUCCGCCUACCUAGGUAUCUGACCAAUCAGCUGGAGAUCCAUCAAUCCGCACCAGCCAAUCCACUGCUCAGGAAGCCCUAAGCUCCGCCUACCUUUAGUCCACACCAGCAGCCAUCGGCCAAUCAAACAGCGAGAACAUUGGAGGACGUUGUUCUUGUUUGGAUUUUAUUUUCCUCCUGUUCUAGUGAAGCCCCGCCCACUGCAGGAAGCUCAGCAGGGAUUGGUUCACAGCCAGAAGCCUUAAAACAGACAUACCAGCUGAUUGGUGGCUGAGUUCUGGGUUCUGUUACAUCUAGAAGAUGGAGAACUCCUGAUAGACAAACGGAACCUUUACAGUUCUGAACUGAACCACAGGAACCGACAGACUCUUCAGAACCGACCCAGCAGAGCCGUGAUGUUCUCCGUCAGGAACAAUCUGGGAUUCAGGUUUCUUGGACCGUUUAAAGAACAUCGUGGAUUAAACUCCGCAGAACAGAUGAUCUCCAUGGGUUCCGUGAUAUUCGGGUUCCUCUGAAGGUUCUAGAUGUUUUAAGUUCUACUGCAGCUUCAGGAUCUUCGUAGUCUGUGAGGAACGUUCUGGUGGAUCUUCAGAGGAAACCUUGGAGAACACUACCUGAGAUUUCAUGGGGACAUUAGAACAUCUUCACGUUCUAUCCAGGUGACUGUGGUUCUGCAGGGGCUGAAGGUUCCGUCACACAGCAGAACACUGAGACUCCAGCACAGAACCCUAACCCAACCCUACCAGAACCUUACUGACGUCUGUAGAUCCCUGAGCGUGGAACCCUUUAGAACUGCUUUUAUAUUUUAGCACUUUUUGUACCUGAUAUCAGAUCAAAGUUUUUAUACUAAACUUCCUUUUCAGAAAUAAAUGACUUUUUGUAAAGAAAAGAAA